AUGUCGACUGAUGAUAAAAAUAAACCUAGUGAACCCAAGACUGAGCCAAAGAACUGUGACCCCCGCUGUGAACAAAAGUGUGAGACCAAAUGCCAGCCCAGCUGUUUAAGGAAGCUGCUGCAAAGGUGCUCUGAAAAGUGCCCACGGGAAAAGUGCCCAGCGCCACCCAAGUGCCCCCCGUGCCCCCCGCCAUGCCCCCCGCCGUGCCCCCCGCCGUGCCCCCGGCCAUGCACUCCGUGCCCUCCAUGCCCUGCGCAGUGCCCAUGCCCGGCUCCCAAGCCCUGUGCCAAGCCCUGUCCACCUAAAUGCCCACCGCCCUGCCCACCCCCAGAGUGA